UAUAUGAAAGAAGAGAACGAUUAUUCAACAUUAAACAACUUAACUUUGUAAUUUAUCUACGUGUCAACUCAUCACUUUUAUCACUUGAAGCGAAAAAAAAUUCGUAUUAAUUAAAGAUUACAAUCUAGUAGUCACUUCGAAAGUGCAAAUUUCAAACUUUUCAUCGACGAUGUCGCAUCUUUCCCCAUUCCUGCCCUAAAAUCCAAAACUGAUGUCAACUUAUUGUUACACAAAUCUGUCCUAUGUAAUUAAAACCAUUAUAAGUUUGUUACAUGAGUGAUUGAGAAAAAAGAUACUUCUCCCUCCCUCCAUUUCAUGAGGGGGUUAAAAUUGCAACUUCACAAGGAAAGUCACUUCAAAUUUCAAAACAAGACACAAAGCAAAUACUGAUUGGUUUGAACACACAUACACACAAAACACAGUAGAAAAUUUUGAAGAAACUGCCUUCCUUGACAAAUACCCACCUCUUUUCCUUCUUUCUUCAAUCAAUCUUCUCAAAAAACAACAGCAAUUUCCUUAUUUUCUCUCUCCUCAACUUAAGAAAAUAAGGCUUAAAAACCCAUCAAAAACCCUCUUUCUAUGCAGCCAUAUCCCCAAGAAAACAUGCCCACUUUCCUAAAUCAUCAACAACAAUCAACAAAUCCUUAUUUAGAGAUGAAAGAAUCUCAAAUAAUAAUCCCAAAUUCCAACCAAAACCAAAUUAUUAGUACUAAUCAUGAAGAUAACAACAACAAUUUAAUCACCAAAAAACAAAACCCACCAAAAAGAAAAUCAAACAAAGAUAGACAUAAGAAGGUUGAUGGCAGAGGAAGAAGAAUCAGGAUGCCUGCUCUUUGUGCUGCUAGAAUAUUCCAAUUGACUAAAGAAUUAGGCCAUAAAUCUGAUGGCGAAACGGUUCAAUGGCUAUUACAGCAUUCAGAACAAGCGAUUAUUGCAGCGACUGGAACUGGAACAAUACCAGCAUCUUUCACAUCAACAUCAGGGUCCUCUGUUUCAGAACAGAGGACCUCUGUUUCUUCUGGCAUUGUUUCUGGAUUUUCUGGGGGUUUAAGUUUAAUUAAUGAAAAUUUGGGACGAACCCAUUUUCAAACUGGAUCAUGGGGAUAUGGGUCUGGUACGGUUCAUGUACCGGACCCGGGUUUUUCGAGUUCGAGCUCGAGUUUGAUGAGGGAGAAUUUGGAGUGUAGGCCUAAAAUGGGAGUUCAUCGAACAAUGGGAAUGUCAAAUUUGAAUAUGGGGUUUAUGAAUUUUGGUCAACAACAACAACAAGGGAGGGAUAGUUUGGAGCUUGGUUUAUCACAAGAUAAUGUUAAUUUUGGUGUAUUGAAUUAUGGUGCAUUUAAUCAAAUGUAUCAACAAUUUAGGCAGAGCAGAGAAGAAGCUGGUUUUAGCUGUGAUCAACAGGAGAAAUUUCUUGAUGAUGGUAGUUCUCAAUGUUCAAGAUAAAUCCUUGCAAAGAUCAUAACUUCUUUUUUUUUUUUUAAUUGGUGAGUUUUAUUGAUCCAGGUUAGUGUGAAAACAAGAAGUUAAUCUUGUGUCAUCAAUGUAAGAAUUUUUUUAUUUUUCUAUUCUGGAAAACUCUUUUUUCUCCCUUUUUUGGGUUAUUAAAGGUUCUUAAUUUUGUAAGUGGGAGAGGAAAAUGAGGUAGAAGUUUGAACUUUACAGAUUUGAUUUUUUUUUUCCUUCAAUUUUUGAAUUAGGUUCAGUUUGAUGUACUGUACUAAUAUGGUAAGAAUUAAAGUAAGAUGUGUGUAAUA